AUGUCUUCCAUCAUUUUCGCUGCUCCCAAAAGGAUCUGUAACGAGUGGGAAGUGUUUCUCUCGAGUCUUUGCUUUCAUCUUGAUUGCAGUAUGAGAUAAUCCAGUGACUCUUUUUCAUAGUGAUAGAUGUCAUAAACAAGUAAUUCCUUACAAAUUUGCUAGUUCAAGCGAAGGUCUUAAUUUGACCCGAUCAGAGAGGUGGGUAUAAUUAAGCAAGCUAAUCCAGAAUAACACUCAAGAUAUCAUAAUAAACCUUAUUGUGAUCCUAUGUACUACACCAGAUAAAGGUAAUGGGAACUCAGCUACUCGAGAUGAUUCCAAAGCUGAAACUGGGAGUCCUUGUCCUUCACCAGAUAUUCCUAAUCAAAACAGUGUAACAAUUGGACGUUUCCCUUUUGAUUUUUCUUUUUCACCAUACAUCUCAUCCGGAUGUCUCUAUACUAAUCUAUUAUUGUGUCCUCUACUAGCUACUAUAAAUACCUGCCAUGUCCUCUUAAUUUUACACCUCAAAACAUUCAAAAAAAAAAAAACCUCUACUUCUUAUUAGGUUUCCAUGGCUAUCUCUAAGGCUUUAAUUGUCUCACUUCUCAUCAUCUCCCUUCUCCUUCUCCACCUUGCUGAAGCUGAUCAAAAGACAAGCAACGAAAACACUGUGGCGGCUAAUCUCUCUGGGAAAACUGAUUGCGGGAGUGCUUGUGCUGCUCGGUGCAGGUUGGCGUCUAGGCAGCACCUGUGCAAGAGGGCAUGUGGCACUUGUUGUGCGCGCUGCAACUGCGUUCCACCCGGUACUUCCGGUAACCAGGAGGUGUGCCCCUGCUACGCCACCCUUACUACCCAUGGCGGCAGGCGUAAGUGCCCUUAGAAGUCAAAAUUAACGACGCUAGCCAUCUAUGGAUGGAUUAUUGGUGAUGCCCGUGUCCGUAUGUGUGUGACAAAAAGUUGCUAAAUAAAAUAUAAAAAAUAAAUAAAAGGAGGUACGUCUGGAACUGGGAAUUUAUGCACGAGUUAUGAUGUUGACCUAAUUUGUACUAUUGUGCAAGGACAUAUAGAAGUGAAUGAUGAAACCUUGUAUUUUAUUUUAUCUCUUGUUCCUACCUAGGAAUUUCAAUUUCAAAGUGCAUGCGCACGUUGGAAGUAGAAUAGGGUGUGCCAGUGUGGUAAAUGGUUGAAUAAUUGAAGGGUAAGGAUAUGUUGGUAAUU